AACAAAAUGCGCCCGGUAUCAGCUGCGUGCCUUUUCCUGGCCAUCGUUGGCUUCGUGGGAGCCACCGAGUGGUGGGAAAGUGGAAACUAUUAUCAGAUCUAUCCGCGCUCCUUCCGGGAUUCCGAUGGAGACGGUAUUGGCGAUCUAAACGGCGUCACCGAGAAGUUGCAGUACUUGAAGGACAUCGGCUUCACUGCCACUUGGCUUUCGCCCAUCUUCAAGUCACCAAUGGUUGACUUUGGCUAUGACAUUUCCGAUUUCUACACAAUUCACCCUGAGUACGGAACCAUGGAGGACUUUGAGAACUUGAUUGCCAAGGCCAAGGAGGUGGGCAUUAAGAUCAUCCUGGACUUUGUGCCCAAUCACUCGAGCACUGAGAACGAAUGGUUUACCAAGUCCGUGGACAGUGAUCCAACCUACAAGGAUUUCUAUAUCUGGCAUGAUGGCAAGGUAAACAAUGAGACGGGAGAGCGUGAGCCGCCAAGCAACUGGAACUCCGAGUUCCGCUACAGUGCCUGGGAAUGGAAUGAUGUGCGCCAGCAGUACUACCUCCACCAGUUUGCCAUUCAGCAGGCUGAUCUUAACUAUCGCAAUCCUGCCGUGGUCAAUGAGAUGAAGAAUGUGAUUCGUUUCUGGCUGGCCAAGGGAGUCUCCGGUUUCCGUAUCGAUGCCGUGCCCUAUUUAUUUGAGGUGGAUCUUGAUCGGUACAACCAGUAUCCCGAUGAGCCGCUGACCAAUGACCCCACAACCUGUCCCGAUCCGGAUGAUCAUUGUUACACGCAGCACAUCUACACUCAGGAUCAGCCGGAGACCAUUGACAUGGUGUACCAGUGGCGUGAGUUGGUGGAUGAAUUUCAUACGGAGAACGGUGGAGAUCAGAGGCUGUUAAUGACGGAGGCGUACACCAGUUUUGACAAUCUCAUGACAUACUACGGCAACGGAGUUAGGAAUGGCUCUCAUAUUCCGUUCAACUUUGACUUCCUUUCGAACAUCAACAACGCCUCGAAGGCUGGGGAUUAUGUGGAUCACAUUAAGAAGUGGAUGGAUUCCAUGCCCGCUGGUGUCUAUGCCAACUGGGUGUUGGGCAACCACGACAACAAGCGAGUGGCCUCCCGAUUCGGAAUCCAGCGCACCGAUCUCAUUAACAUCCUGCUUCAGACUCUGCCUGGCCAUGCGGUUACCUACAAUGGCGAGGAACUGGGUAUGACCGAUGUCUGGAUCAGCUGGGAGGACACCGUGGAUCCUAAUGCGUGCAACUCCGAUCCGGACAACUACUAUGCCCGCUCGCGUGAUCCAGCUCGAUCUCCGUACCAGUGGGACGCCUCUUCCAAGUCAGGCUUCACCAGUGCCGAUCACACCUGGCUUCCAGUGGCUGAUGAUUACAAGACUAACAAUGCCCUGCAGCAGCUGCGUGCCCCUCGUUCCCACCUCCAGAUCUUCAAGAAGCUGGUACGAGUCCGCAAGGAGCCAUCCUUCCGCCAGGGAGAACUCAACAUUCAGGCUAUUGACGAUGAUGUGAUCAUCUACUCACGCCAAAAGACCGAUAGCGAUCUGUAUGUGAUCGUUCUCAACUUGGGCAGCACCUCCAAGACCCUCGACCUGACCAAGUACUAUGGACUGGGCACCCAGGCAGAGGUCAUCACCACUUCACUGAAGUCCCAGUAUAUCGAUGGAGAUGUCAUCAAGCCCUCGGAAUUCGUGGCCAAUCCCUAUGUAGGCACCGUUCUUGUGGCAGUCUAACCAGAUUUUAUUUACUUAAGAGAUAAUAAAAUAGUGACGUUAAAGAAAUGUUAAUUAUAAAAAUA